AUCGCAGCGACUGUUCCCACAACCAGUUCCAAGCCAUCCACCGAGCGGUGGAGUCGUCGCCAUCCGCCAUUCCCCAGUCGCCUUUCGUCGCUCUUUCCCAACCACGCGCCCCUCCUACUACUAAUUCCCAUCUACCUAAGCUUCUGUGCAGUCAAGUGCAACCAAAAAUAAGUUAAGCUUAGCUUAGCUUGUUUUUUGUUUUGUUUUUUUUGCAAACAACCACAAUUUAGAGGCAAUUUACAUAUACGCUGAAGCUGGGAAAAGAAAACCGCCAAAAUUGGUUACCUAACGAAAACUUCGUUUGUGCUUCGGGACGGCAAACUUAACAUCUCGAACCUCCUGCAUCUCCUCCUCUCCCAAAUCCUUUGCAUUAUUUUCCCUGCAUUAAAAUUACCUUUUGGGACUCGUCACCUAUAGAAAAAAGAAGACGACAUGGGCUUCAGUUCGCGCAUGGACUGCUGCGGGCAGUUUGUAAAGUACAGCCUGUUCAUAGCCAAUUUUGUUAUAUUUGUUGGUGGAGCCAUUGUCUUUUGCCUGACACUGUGGACUCUAGUGGAUCGCAGUUUCGUCAAUGAAUUGCUGGGCACAAAUCUCUUCUCGGGAGCUGUCUAUGUGCUGCUGGUCACCUCUAUCAUCAUCUGCCUGGUGUCCUUUUUGGGUUGUGUAGGUGCUGGAAAGGAGGUUAAAUGUCUGCUAUUAACGUAUUUCAUAAUUGUGGCACUGGUUUUCGUCACCAUGCUAAUUGGCGGCGUCUUGGGUUAUGUUUUCCGUGAAAGAGUGCAGCAGACCAUGCGGCAGGAAAUGAGAUCCACCAUGGCCUUGUAUGGCAGCCGAAGGGAGAUCACCCAGGCCUGGGAUCUCACCCAGGAGCGUUUGCAGUGCUGCGGCGUGGACACGUGGCAUGACUGGAACCGGUAUGGACCCGUGCCCGAGUCCUGUUGCCAGGAGCUGUUCGGAGGACAGCGCAAGGAGUGCACCAUCUUUCCCACCAUCACGAAUCUGUACAACCAGGGCUGUCUCUAUGUGACGACCAACUUCAUCAGGGAUCAUGCGGCGGUUAUAGGGGGCACCUCCAUAGCGGUGGCCAUUCUUAUGAUAUUUGGCAUGAUAUUCUCCUGUCUACUAUUCAAUAUGAUCGAAUAGCGCCAAAGAAUAGGGGAAUCCGUUGGCCAUGCAGAAAAAGCGGCCACUCCCGAGGAGACCCAUUUAUAAAUGUCCCAUUUCCGCUGGAGUUAUCUUAAGAGUAUUAUCCGAGUGUACGAUAUUCCGUUUGUAUUAUGUAUAUGUAUAUACGUGAUUAGAUACGCCUAUCUAGUGAGUAUUGAUGUUGAGUAACCGAUCGUAUUGUUAUCAUCUCUGUUGCAUAAUCUUGUAUUAUUUUUAUAUAAUUCUGUAAAACUAGCCAUAAGUUCCCAUAAUCAAUACCCCAAAAAAUGCAAUUGUUAGUUUUAAGUGAGCUUAUUAAUUGCUUCUAGAGAAUUUAGAUGUCUGUCCAUUGUUGUUUCUAAUAAAAUUAGUUGAAAAUA